UUUUUGCCCAUGCGACGGCCAACGGAAAUUUGCAGUUACGGCUGCCCGUGAACAGAGUCAUUACGUGCUAGUGGGAUACGUUGAAGGCCGCGUCAAGGAUUUUUCGAAACCAAUGCUGUGCAACCUUGACUUGCGUGGAAUGCUUGAGCUGACUCAGUGCCCAAUGCGUGCCGUCCAAACAGCAGGAGCAACAAGUAGUAGUAGUUUCUAAAGGAACUCGUGAACUGCUGAUUACUCUAACAUUGCGGUCGCAAUGGGACGAAAAGUGACUCUCGCUGUGUGCACACUUAACCAGUGGGCUCUGGAUUUUGAUGGAAACUACAAGCGAAUUCUCAAAAGUAUCAAAGAGGCAAAAGCAAGGGGUGCAUCCUUUCGAGCAGGCCCUGAACUGGAAGUAACGGGAUAUGGAUGUGCCGACCACUUCUAUGAAAGCGACACUCUUCUUCACUCUUGGGAAGUCCUUGCGUCUCUGCUCCGUGAUCCGACAUGCGAGGGGAUUAUGGUCGACAUUGGCAUGCCUGUUAUGCACAGAAACGUCACUUAUAACUGCAGAGUCAUCUUCUUAAACAAGAAAAUUCUGCUGAUUCGGCCCAAGCUCAUGAUGUGCGAUGACGGCUGCUACCGCGAGUCGCGCUGGUUCACACCGUGGCAGAAGCCUCAUCGCGUUGAGGAAUUUUUUCUGCCUCGCAUGAUCUCCGAAAUAACUGACCAGAAAGUGGUGCCAAUUGGGGACGCCCUCAUCUCAACGAAGGAUACGUGCAUUGGAUUUGAAAUUUGCGAAGAGCUCUGGAAUCCCCUGAGCUCCCACAUAAUGGCGUCGCUGGACGGUGCUGAGAUCAUAGUCAAUGGAAGUGGCUCUUAUCAUGAGCUGCGAAAGAACUAUGUUGCGUGUGACAGAAUCAAGUCAGCUACAGCGAAGUGCGGCGGCAUCUACAUGUUUUCCAACCUGAGAGGCUGCGAUGGUGAACGUGUCUACUACCAGGGUUGCUCCAGCAUCGCCAUCAACGGCGAGUUUGCUGCCAUAGCCAAGCAGUUUGCCUUGGAAGAAGUCGAAGUCACAACUGCUACAUUAGACCUGGAGGACGUCAGAGCCUACAAAGUAAAGAACAGAAGUCGAACGUUGAAAGGGGCAGAAUCGGAAGGCUACCCACGCGUUGUGGUCGACUACGCACUCUCCGGCACUGCCGACAUGUCCGUUCCACCAAGUCCAAUGAUCAGCUGGGCCUUCCCAACACCAGAGGAAGAGAUCGCCUUGGGACCUGCCUGCUGGCUGUGGGACUACUUGCGACGCAGUGGGCAGGGCGGGUUCUUUGUCCCGCUGAGCGGAGGCAUCGACAGCGCCAGCGUCGCAACAAUCGUGUUUUCCAUGUGUCGCCUCAUCUGUGCGGCCGUGAAGAAUGGCGACCCAGAUGUGUUGAGGGAUGCCAGGCGCAUCGUGGGCGACCCCGAAUAUGUGCCAAGGGAGCCGCGAGAACUCUGCAACCGAGUCCUUGUCACGUGCUACAUGGGCACAGAGAACUCGUCGCGUGAGACGCGAGCACUUUCCAAGGACCUGGCCAACCAGAUCGGAAGCUAUCACAUGACAGUAGCCAUCGACGCAGCUGUGGCAGCCGUUGUUGCGAUCUUUUCUACGCUGACGGGUCGCAUUCCCAAAUUUCGUGUCAUGGGCGGCGGCUCUCGAGAAGAUCUGGCCCUGCAGAAUGUCCAGGCCAGGCUACGAAUGGUCCUGGCUUACUUGUUUGCGCAACUCAUUCUUUGGGCUCGAGACCGACCUGGUGGUCUAUUGGUUCUUGCGACUGGCAAUGUGGACGAAGGGCUUCGAGGCUACCUGACCAAGUACGAUUGUUCAAGCGGGGACAUCAACCCAAUAGGAGGUAUCAGCAAAGUUGACUUGAAGCGGUUCCUGAAAUAUGCUUGCGAAACGUUUAAGUUGUCGGCACUCAACGACAUACUCAAGGCCACACCGACUGCGGAGUUGACGCCGCUGAAAGACGGGCACACCGUACAAAGUGAUGAGGCUGACAUGGGGAUGACGUACGAGGAACUUAGCACGUAUGGACGACUGAGGAAACAGCUUGCCUGCGGGCCAUACUCCAUGUUCAGCAAAUUGGUUCACCAGUGGCAGAACAAGUGGACUCCGUUUCAGGUUGCAGAAAAAGUGAAGCAUUUCUUCAGAACCUACUCCAUCAACCGUCACAAGAUGACUGUGAUCACACCGUCAUACCACGCUGAGUCAUACAGCCCGGACGACAACCGCUUCGACCUUCGGCCGUUCCUCUACAACCCUCUGUGGAUGUGGCAGUUCACCCAGAUUGACGCUCAGGUAAAAAAUCUCGAGCUCCUCAAAGACGCCCUCUCUACGGGCACGAGUGGCACCAGCAUCACCUGGAAGAGCAGCGCCGGCACCUGUGAGGGGUUUGGCGAGAAACCCAGGGACUCAAGAGGAGGCCAGCAACGAGCGCCCGAAAACAAGAUGGCAGACACGCCAUCGGGAGACCUCGGCAUUUUCGUCUCCGGCGGUGGUUAUCGACAGCCGGCCCUCGAAGUGUGCAACACAUCGACGAACCUGCCCAAGUGCUUUGCAGAGCCUUCGGACUAUGGUGAAGUCAGGUCUAGGAUAUGGCUGCUGUGAUUUUCAUAGGCAUAGGCUAUGGCUUUGAGCGCUACUUUCUCCUCUGUGCGUGCGACUUCGUUCAGUCGGCGAGUUUUGCACGACUGACGCAGAUCAGUGUUAAGAAAGAAAAGGAAAAAAAGGAAAGGGAUCUAGUGGAAUAUGCCGCAGGCCUGAAGCCGUCACCUGAAAUUUUAUAGAUGAUUGUUCCAUGUGUAGACACUGUUUUGCAGAAAAUGUCAGAGAAAUAGACAUUACAUAGCCCACAUGUCAGCACAUGGACACAGGUCUAACGGCAUAUCUUGUCGGUCAUUUCAGAAAAGCUACCUGGACCCUUGAUUGAGGGCUUAGGUCUCGACUGGGUUUCAGACAUUUAAAUCUGCAAGAGGAAUACAUGCUGCUCCUUAUUUGCGCCACAGCAAAGUGUACUGCAUGAUUGAACUUUUAGUUUAGUCCACCCAUUGACAGCACCACGAGAGAGAGUGUCAUGCACUGAUCACUGCAGAUCACUACAGAGCUAGUUGAUCUAAAAAUGGCCAGCAGAAAGUGGAAGCUUACACUGGAAAACAAAACUCACCACUAAGAAGCAAAAAGACAUAUAUAGCAGUAGUAGUAGUAGAAAAUGCCUGCUAUAAAUAAUCCUGUGGAAUACACAUUAAGAAAAUAUCACCCUUAUUAACUUUAGCAGUACAUUGAUCAAGGCGCAUGAAAAAAAUGAAAAAUGCAACACCGCUGCUGAAUUGCUCACUUCUAAGCAGAAGCUAUAAGUUCUUCGCCGACGUAGGUGUUCUUGUAGUCAUGGAACGUGUAUGCCUGUAGGCUUAACUGUGUCACUAAAACUUCAGUUGAGAGUUCAGUCCUGUGGUGAGUUUCUAUGCUACAUUCUUUCUUUUUUUUUCUUCCUUACUCCCUGCUUUGCAUCUUUCAGUCAUGAUGUAGUAUUAAGCACACUCAUAUUUUCAUAGUGAGUUUUUAUUUGCAAGACUGUGAGUGUCUUGUCGAGCCUGUGGUAUUGUUUUUUGUUUUGCUUUUUACCCCUAGUGUGCAAAUGACAUUGCCUAGUGCAAAAGUGUGUUUUUUUCUUUUUGUGUGUGUGUGUGUGUGUAAAAACUCACACCGUUAUGUGAAGUGUAUGCAGAAUUGCAAAUGGUUUCAGGGCAGAGUGCCGAAGUAGUUGAGGCUCAUUGUAGAGGUGCUGAAGUGUGUAGACAAGACACAAAUUAUGAAGGUAAGGGCAUAAAACAAACAGCAGACGCACUGUGUAAUCCACUGUGCGCCUUUGUCUUCAUGUUUCAUGGCUUGCUUGCACUAUUUUGCACCUUUAAGAUGCUAUCAAGAAGCAAUAGCUUUAGCCAUGAUGACAUGAAGCCCAAGGCACUAUGUCACGUGGUGCACAGAGAGAUUCAGAAAUAACAGCACUUUCCGUUAAUUAAAUACUUAUUGUUCAAGGCAGAAAAGUGUGGGUAUUGCUGCCUUUCUCUCUGAAGGAACAAAAAAAAUGUAUUGCGGGUUCACUUACAAGAAAACACUCACACAAGAAAGAUAUUACAGAAGCAGACGGGACGGCGCGUGCAUUACUCUGUUAUCUAAUAGCUAAUUGCUUCCGUAAUAUUUUACCUUUUUUUUUUCCUGAGUGAACCGCAUCUUUCUUGUUUUUCUGGUUGCUGUUCAGGGAGCAAUGCCUACAUUUGCCUUUAAACAUUCGUUUGAUCUUUGGUAGUACUGCCUUUUCUUGCCUCCUUUGCGUAUGCCAGCUGUACUGCCGAUUUUGUUCACAUAAGGUUACCGUGCGUCCAUUUCUGAACAAAUUGUCCUCACCCUUAUUUCUUGACUAUGCCUCAAAGCAUCCGCAAGGUAGAUGCUAGUGUUUUGCAAAUAGUCGUCGGUUGUUGGUGCCACUUAUUGUACUGCAGCCUUGGUAAACUCGGGAGACAUGUUUGUGACAUUCUACAACGAAGGAUGUGAAGGGAGUCGCUGUGUGCUGCUCGUAUAGAACCCACUUGUAAACGUCGCAACAGGGUGCGGCAGAGAAGUCGUAAUGAAGAGUAGUCCGGCAAAUGUUGCGUUGCUCAGAUGGCAAGUAUAAUGGCUCUCCUGGUUAAACCGCUGGCUUGUUCACGUUCACUUUUUCAACGAGGCAGAACCAGGCAGGUGCGUUUCAUUUAACGUGCACUUAAGUGCAGUACUACUUAGCUGUUUAGUGUAUACUUUUGUUUCAUAUACUGUACCUGUUUCAUGGCUACUACUCCUGCAUCCAAAGUAGGGGAAGCAAGUUCCUCUGAUGCCCGAUUUAUUUGCGCCGGCAGGUGGCACUCGCAUCGUAACACGCUCACCAUCCCUCAUCGUAGCUGCGCUGCUACCACAUCAACUCCCACCAUCGCACACAUGUCAUGUGGGGAAGCGGAAUGUCAGGGCAUGCAAUAGUGGGUGUAGCGUUCCCAGAACUCGUAGCUAUGUAACCAAAACUCUGCGGGGGAAGCUUCUACGCAUGUAUUACUACGCCAAGAGUAGCCUGGGCAAGUUCGCAACAGUUUCAUUUGCUCUGACAUUGUGUAGUUUAUUUAUGAAGGCAGUUAAAAUUUAACCAGUCGAACCACUGCACACCAGCGUCCUUGUCUGUUCCAAACAGACAUUUCUUAAGUUUGUUGUGUGUCUUUGAGGCAAGUUGAGUGGUGGCCAAGCACAGGAGAAAUGGUCGCUAGAAUAAAUGGACACUACUGUUGCUUUUGGAACUUGCGCGAAAUGUGCAGUGAUCAUGCAUGUACGUAAGAGCAAUCUAAAAAAUGUUUUUAAGAAUGUUCACCUUAACUUGUGAAUAUUAUUCUAUUUUCGGGUUUCAUGCCACUGCAGUUAAAGCAAUUAUGUAUUCUAUUUGUGUGUAAGAAAUUUCAAACAAAAUUACUGGGCUAUUUUCAGCAACGUUGUGAUGCACUUUCCUAGCUUUGCUGUCGUGGCCACACGUAGCUUUCUGCGAGUUUAACAAAAUAAUGAAUAUGCAUUGCCUGUAGUAUUAGCACACGAAACAAAUGUUUUUUUUUCCAGUGAAACUAGCAGUGGUACUACCUGUUGCUUGGGGAAUGAAACUGCUCCUCUAUUGCCUCUGCUUUAGGCACUUUGCCUUAUGAGGCUAUGUGUUAUAAUCUUCCUUGCCAGUGCUUCACAUUUGCAUAUUUUGUCAAAAACAGAUUGGGCGUACACAUCAUUUGUGGUGACGCCAGGCAAGGAAUUUAUUUUUAUUGCAAUAGGAACGGCGAUAUCAUCUGUCCCAAGAAGGCGAAACGCCUGUUGCGGAGAAUACAGAAUGCAGACUGGUUUUGCUUUCCCGUCAUCACGCAUUGCCCCAUUUUUAUUCAUCUGGCAAUUCACAUGUGGCAUCAACUGUUAAUUUCUUCUGUACAAAAUGUGGUGGCAAACCAUGCAUGAUGUCCUUAAAUAAAAUGCUCAGCUGUACAUAUGUGCAAAGCUUGAGUGCAACAAACGGGCACUUUGGCCGGGAGAGCUACUUGUAUUUGUGCCCCUCGGCAAUGCAACAUUAACGACACGAGUUUAAGCUGCCUUCUUGAAACUCGUCUGAGUCGAUGCAUUUAGCUCCUCACUAUGAAACAUUAAUACUCUUGGUACUGGUAAAGCUUGUGCCAUGGCGUUCAGGUUCCUUUCCCUUUUUUGGGGGGGAAUAUUAUGCUUCCUGGGGCCCUUGCACACAGGUGGCUUCGACACCACACACAUAGCUAUGUGUGAACAGGCGACAAAAAUAACUUGUGCAGCUGUGUACAGGGUACGCCCUCAUUUGAAGGAAGCCUGUUUACUUAGUAGUAAUGACAGUGUGUGGACAGCAGAAGUGCUUUAAUCCCAGUGCUGUUUUAACGAGAACAAGGUAGCCACAAUGCAUUGGUGGUAUCCUAAGUUAGCCAAAUGCAUUAAAGCAAUAAUGAAAUGCUUUGAAGAAAACGAAAUAAAAUGUAAAAACAGGCCCUGUUUAAGUAGCUUCAGUAGCUUGUCUGGCAUUCUUAAACCUCAGGAAAGUGAGUUGUUCUCUCUCUAUCUAUCCAUGUGUAUUUCACUCACUUACUCCCUUUGUUUUUAUUGAACUAAAGUCAGAAAGGCUUAGUCACGCUGAGCGGCUACUCCUUUUCGCUGAAAGACACGUAGUGUGUGAGGGCCAACAGAAGGAGUCCGUCUCAGUAUCCAGAUUUUUGGAGUUGCAAAAAUUUUUACGGAAGUUCAGGUAUGCAACCCCACACGGAGUUCAACGGCUUUGAAGCUUUUUGACGAGUGCACUUGAAUUUGCAUUCACACGCAUUAGAUUAGUGCCACCUUCACGAUAAGCCUAAUGAGCUUGCACAAGAAGUUGGGGGUUGCCAGAUUUGUCCUCAGGCCAUGCAUCCUUUUAAAAACCUCAUUCUUUAUUUUGUUUGACUGCUUUGUAGGCAAUGAGAGUCACUCUACAGUACCUGGUAUAAAAAGAUAUUGCAAAGCAAAGGUGUCGCAUAAGUUUGUGUGUGCGUUGAAAAUGCUUUUUUUCAAAUUUUAUACUUUUUUUGAAGUGUCUCAUGCUAUUCUUAGCCCUCUAGAAUUUUGGAUGUUAUCAUUUUAAUGUCGUAACAAUGUCACAAGUUGCAUUAGGUUGUACAGUAUUAGCAGCAAAACGUUACAUUUUGGUUUAUAUCUACAUGGACAUCAUCACACCGUAUUUCCCAAGCUAUCCUACAUAAGGAGCCAGUGUGUUCAUAAAAACCAAUCAUAUCAAAAUCUCUGGAGGUUUCUGGUUCUAUAUUAUAUCUACUUAGCAAGAACAUUUUUGCUGGCUAGGUGGUACAUUUUUGUUGACAAUGUUGGCUGUACAAGUAAACAGAAUCCAUAUAAGGAUUUCACUUGUUCUGUCCAUGA